CCCCGCCCCGCCCUGCCCCGCCCCGCCCCGCCAGGCGGACACCGGCGCGGCCUGCGCGGCGCGGCGCGGCCCACAGGCGCGGGCGGCAUGGCGGCCCCGGCGGCCGGCCCCUAGCUGCCGGCGGAGCAGAGGAGCGGCCAAGCGGGCUCCAUGGAGGAGACUUAGGGCCACCGGGGACGGGAGCGGAGCCGGCAGCGAUGCCGUCACCUGGGCAGACCCCGAGUGCUGGAAGCCCUCCGAGGACGUAGGUGACCCCCAGGGCGUGGAGGCAGGGAAGAGCCUUGAACUGUGAGGGGCCGUUAACUCUAAGAUGUCCUUGAGCAGCGGAGCUUCCGGAGGGAAAGGAAUUGAUGCGAACCCCGUUGAGACGUACGACAGUGGGGAUGAGUGGGACAUUGGUGUAGGGAAUCUCAUCAUUGACCUGGAUGCUGAUUUGGAGAAGGAUCAGCAGAAAUUGGAAAUGUCGGGCUCCAAAGAGGUGGGGCUCCCAGCACCCAAUGCGGUGGCAACCCUACCGGAUAACAUCAAGUUUGUGAGCCCAGUGCCGGGCCCACAGGGCAAGGAGGGCAAAUCCAAGUCAAAAAGGAGCAAGAGUGGCAAGGACAGUGGUAAGCCAACCCCAGGGACCUCCUUGUUCACUCCCAGCGAGGGAGCUGGUGGCAAGAAGGAGGCUCAAGGACGCUCUGGGGACGGUGCGAACUCGGGUGGCUUGGUGCCUGCUGUCACCCCAAAGGGCUCAGAGAAAUCAGCCAAGGCGUCUCGCAGUGUGGCCGGCUCCAAGAAGGAGAAGGAGGGCGGCUCAUCCAAAAGCAAGAAGGAAAGGAGUGAGGGUGCUGGGGCUGUGGCAGAGAAGGAGCCCAGCAUGCUGCAGCCUCUGGCCCUGGCAGUCAGGGUGGGACAGUAUGAUGGGGGCCAGGGGACAGAGCCAGCUGCUGCCGAGCAGCUUGGGAGUAUAGCUAUUGACACAGGAGCUGCACUCAAUCCGUUGGGAGUUAAGUCGGAGCUGGAAGAUGGGGAAAAUGAGUGCCGGCAGCCGAAAAAAGUGAAGUCGGAGAAGAUGGAGUCUCCAGUCUCUACACCUGCGGUGUUGCCCUUGCACCUCCUUGUCCCUGUUGUCAACAAUGACAUCUCAUCACCUUGUGAGCAGAUCAUGGUACGCACCCGCUCAGUGGGAGUGAACACCUGUGAUGUGGCCCUAGCCACUGAGCCUGAGUGCCUGGGCCCCUGUGAGCCUGGGACCAGUGUGAACCUGGAGGGCAUCGUCUGGCAAGAGACAGAGGAUGGUAUGCUGGUGGUCAAUGUCACAUGGAGGAACAAGACGUAUGUGGGGACGCUGCUUGACUGCACACAGCACGACUGGGCACCUCCCCGGUUUUGUGACUCUCCCACUAGCGACUUGGAGAUGCGCAAUGGCCGGGGCAGGGGCAAACGCAUGCGCCCCAACAGCAACACACCCGUCAACGAGACCGCUGCUGUCUCAGACAACAAAGGGACCAGCAACAGCAGCAAGACCCGGGCAGGAGCCAACAGCAAAGGGCGCCGGGGAAGCCAGAACUCCUCGGACCACCGCACGCCGCCCGGCAGCACAGCGGAGGAUGUGAAGGCCAGUCCGUCCUCUGUCACAAAGCGGAAAAGCAAACCCCUCUCUGACAUGGAGCUGAACUCCAGCUCGGAGGACUCUAAGGGCAGCAAACGCAUCCGCACGAACUCGAUGGGCUCGGCAGCUGUGCCACCUGCCACGGUCAAGGCGGAGCCAGCUGUCCUUGACCGAAACUGCCCUUCUCCCAUCCUCAUCGACUGCCCCCACCCAAACUGUAACAAGAAGUACAAGCACAUCAAUGGGCUGAAGUACCACCAGGCCCAUGCGCACACAGAUGAUGACAGCAAGCUGGAGGCGGACGUGGACAGCGAGUACGGUGAGGAGCCGUCCCUGCACACGGACAUUGGGAGCUGCAAUGGUGCCACCGUCUCUCAGAAGGGCUCGCUGUCGCCAGCUCGCUCAGCCACCCCCAAGGUGCGCUUGAUGGAGCCCCACAGUCCCUCCCCAUCCAGCAAGUUCAGUGCCAAGGUCCCCUGCAAGAAGAAGCUGGGUGGGGAAGGAGACACUGACCCGGGUGCCCUGUCCAAUGAUGGCUCUGAGGAUGGUCCCUUGGUGGCCGAUGAGACGAGUAACGAUGGCUUUGACUCUCUGGAGAAGCGAUGUGUUGAUAAGGACAAGUCAAAGAAGGCAUCUGGUGCUAAGCCGGAGAAGAUCCCUUCCAAAAGCUUGAAGUCUGCCAGACCCAUUGCACCAGCCAUUCCCCCCCAGCCAAUUUACGCCUUCCAGACAGCCACCCUCACCACAGCCAGCCCUGGUUCCUCCACAGGUCUUGCCACCACCGUGGUACAGACCAUGCCCAACAGCCCUCAGCUCAAACCCAUUCAGCCCAAGCCUACGGUGAUGGGAGAGCCCUUCACGGUGAACCCUGCCCUCACCCCUUCCAAGGAGAAGAAGAAGAAGGACAAGAAGAAGAAGGAGCCCAAGGAGGUAGAAAACCCUCUGACUCCUGGCAAAGCCUGCAGAGCAGAGGAAGGCAAGAGCCCUUUCCGGGGAGAAUCCAGUGACCUGGGGACAAAAGGCGAGGGGCUGCUGAAUGGUUCAUCUGACCCCCACCAGAGUCGGCUUGCCAGCAUCAAGGCUGAAGCUGAUAAAAUCUAUAGCUUCACCGACAAUGCCCCAAGCCCCUCCAUCGGUGGUGCCAGCAGGCUGGAGAACACCAACCCAGCCCAACCCAUGACCCCACUGCACGUUGUCACCCAGAAUGGGACAGAGGUGAGCUCAGUGAAGACUAACAGCCCGGCCUACUCGGACAUCUCCGAUGCUGGGGAGGAUGGGGAGGGUAAGCUGGAGAGCAUGAAGGCAAAGGAUCCAGAGCAACUGGUCAAGGAAGGCGCCAAAAAAGCUCUUUUCCCCCCACAACCACAGAGCAAAGAGUCUCCCUAUUAUCAAGGCUUUGAAACCUACUAUUCUCCUGGCUACCCCCAGGCAAGCCCAGGGCCCCUGAACCCUGGCAGUCAGGCCACAGCUGAGACACAGGCCUUGAAGCUGAAGAAGGACGAGGAGCAGGAGAACCCAGAGGUGAAGGUGAAGAGUGAAGGCUGUGAAGAAAAGAAGGCUGAGCUUGGCAGCUCCAGCCAGCAGCCCUCAGUCAUCCAGCAGCGUCCCAACAUGUACAUGCAGUCCCUCUACUACAACCAGUAUGCUUACGUGCCCCCCUAUGGCUAUAACGAGCAGGGCUACCAUGCUCACCUGCUCAGCACCAACCCUGCCUAUCGCCAGCAGUAUGAGGAGCAGCAGAAACAGCGGCAGAGCUUGGAGCAGCAGCAGCAGCGGGGGCUGGAGAAGAAAGCAGAGCUGGGCUUAAAGGAGAGGGAGGCAGCGCUUAAAGAGGAGUGGAAGCAAAAGCCACCCAUGCCCCCGACACUCACCAAGGCCCCAAGCCUCACGGACCUCGUCAAAUCGGGGCUGAGCAAGGCCAAGGAGCAGGGAGGUCCUGACAUGGCUAAAUCCGUAAUCAUCCCCAAGCUGGAGGACUCAUCCAAGCUGGCUGGCAGCCAGGUUGCUGAGGGGCUCAAGGUAAAACUGAGUGAGGCCAGCCACCUUGGGAAGGAGACGACUGAGACGAAGGCUGGCUCCGACUGUGGCCGGCAAGCGGAGGUGGACCCUGUGCUCUGGUACAGACAGGAAGCCGAGCCCCGGAUGUGGACCUACGUGUACCCGGCAAAGUACUCGGACAUCAAGACAGAGGACGAGCGGUGGAAAGAGGAGAGGGACCGAAAGUUGAAGGAAGAAAGAAAUCGAAGCAAAGAAGCCACAUCUAAGGAGGAUGGGAAGGAGAGUACCAGCUCCGAGUGCAAACUGACCCCCACUGAGGAGGCUCGCAUGGUGGGGAAGGACCCCAGACCCAGUGUCCAUGUCCCUGUGUCUUCACCCCUCACGCAGCAUCAGUCCUACAUCCCGUAUAUGCACGGCUACUCCUACAGCCAGUCGUACGACCCCAAUCACCCCAGCUACCGGGCCAUGCCCACCGUCAUGAUGCAGAAUUACCCAGGAUCAUACCUACCCUCCAGCUAUUCCUUCUCCCCAUAUGGGAGCAAGGCAUCCAGCAGCGAUGACAGUGACAAGUCCCGAGCCAGUCCCAGCGUUAGUUGUAAAUCCAGCUCAGAGUCCAAGGCCCUGGACAUCCUGCAGCAGCACGCCAGCCACUACAAGAGCAAAUCACCCACGAUAAGCGAGAAGACAUCUCAGGAGCGGGACCGCAGUGGCUGCGGGGUGGUGGGAGGCAGCGGGAGCUGUAGCACUGUUGGAGGAGCUGGCGGGGGAGAGAGGAGCGCCGACCGGCCCCGCACCUCACCAUCUCAGCGCCUGCUCUCAACGCAUCACCACCACCACCACCUUGGGUACUCGCUGCUGCCAGCGCAGUACAACCUGCCCUAUGCAACAGGUCUCUCCUCCACAGCCAUCGUUGCCAGCCAGCAAGGCUCCGCUCCCUCCCUAUACCCACCUCCCCGGAGGUGAGAACGGACAUAACAUGCCGGGAUGCCUGGGCUGUACAAGACAUGUGACUGGCUCACAUGGGGAACCGCUGGAGACUCCUUUAGACAUCAGUUGAAUGGUGUUAAUUGUUCUGCUUGACGUUCCUGCCGUGAUCCGAGGCAGACUCUGUCUUCUCCCCCCCUGUUGGACACACACUGACUCCCCCCUCUACACUCUCCCCUUUGGUGAGUGGGUGAGCUGGUACCUGCGGAAAUAUUUAUUCUACUGGGCACCGGCACUCGGGAUGGAGGUGACUCGCCUGCCUGGUGCAUAUGAAGAGGAAACGGAAGCACUGAGGUUUCUAGAUGGAUUUGGGACCCCACUGUGUCUCUGCGAACUGCUGCUUCAUGAUGGGGCUGAGCGCCAUGUGACUGGGGGCAGGCAGGGCCACUGUUUUCUGCCUGAUCCUUAGCGGGGCUUGAAGUGCAAGGCUGAGCCCGUCGUGGAGUUGCAGUCUCAGGAAAGGAAGGGCUGGCUCAUGUGGGUGUUAGGGAGGCUGGUGCGAGCCUGGCGGGGAUGGUGGGCGGGGGGUGUCAGCCUGACUGGAGGCGGCUGUGGGGCAUGGGGACAUGCUGCAUGUGGGGCGCACCCUAUCCCAGCCCCAAGGCUGCUCCCAUGCCCCACAGCAACCGCUGCACUAUGCCUGUGUGGGCAGGAGCCACCAGUGCAUGGUCUAUGGCUGAAGUGGUGGGUUGGGGAGCCUGGGCUGCUCUUGGCCCCAGUGUAGCAGCCUCUGUCCCUGCCCCGCACCCCAGGCAGCUGGGGCUUAGCUGGACUGGAGGCAGCCAGGCACAGAGCUGGGGGCUGUGCCCAUUGACCAGCCGGCUGCCAGCGUUCCUCCCCAGUGCCUUGCACAGUCCAGACCUGCCUGAAGCUUACGCUCAUGGCAUUCAAGUUGGUUUCUGAGCUGUGACUCUGCAAACCCCCCGGCCUCUCAUCUGACCCCACCCCCACUCUGGCAAGUGCUCUCCAAACCCUGGGUCACCACAUCCCUACUCGGGAGGGGGUGGGGUGAGGGCUGCGGCUCCUCUUUGCAUCCACCUUCUGCUUUUAAAUCGGCUUCCUCAGGCCAUGAGCUGAGCCCAGGGAGGAACAAGCACGCUUAGGUUCUGCCAGAGGCACUUGAGGCUGUGCUAGUUCCCCCUCCAGCCCCAUGCCAGGGCUCAAGGCACCAGGCCUUGGAGGAAGCUGGUCCCCACUCCCGGCUGCUCCCCAGCACCCAAGGACAGGGGCUUUCUGGUCCUCUGCUCCCCCAGCCCCAAGUGGCUCUCCCCAGGCCGAUGCUCUACCUCGGCCCUGCAGCAGCCAGGCCACCCCAGCUCUCCCCGCCGCUCCCCACUGCCUGGCCAGGGGAGCACAGGGGUCCGUCGGUCUCGGGCGUGUGUGUCCGUGUCGCACCCAGCCCCAAGGGGCCGCUGUACCGGGAUGCUCUGCCCGCCGGGCUCUGUACAUACUGUAAAAAGGAAUUGUUUGAAAGCUGUUGUUUUGGGUUUUGUUUUCUUCCCCGUUUCCCUCCAUCCCACUUUACCCAGCUGGGAAGGAGGCGUUCGCUGGUCUUGCACCUGGUCCAGAUGCCGGCAGCAUGGCAGCCCCAGCCCGCUGUCAUUGGGCGACUCAUUUUUCCUCCACUCUUCGUUGUCUUCGCAAGGAGACAGGGCCAUAUGGCCAGGCACACUCCUCAGGGCUGGGGCAGGCGAUGCUGAGCAGCAACUCAACCCUCCCCAUGCCCGUGAAGGAGCCUCAUGCAGCCGCUGGGCUGGGGACCAGAGGGGUCAGGGUGUUGGGGGGAGCCCCAAAUCCCACCCACAGAGGAGUAUCCCACCAGCUCUUCCUACCCCCGGCCUCAGCUGGUCAGGCAGAGGCUGGCUCCUGGCACGGCCAGGGCCCACCAGCAGCUCCAGGGGUGUGGAGGAGGGUGUCCGGUCCAGGGCAAGGGGGCGAUGGGGGUGUGCCACAGGCUUUACUGGCAGUCAAAGAGGGUUGGGGGCGGGGGUGGGGAACUGCUCACAUCUUCCCAGUUAGGUCCCAGUUGAGUCUCCCUUUAGGUGUUAAAUGAAACAACAGUUCAUGCAGAAUAGGUUUGAGGUUUGAUGUUUUAUGUUUUUUCAGCUUUUUUCCCCUGGUCAGUUCCUGCCCAUGGGGCUGGCCCCCCAGCCCUCCACAGCAGUGCUGCUCCCUGACCCAUGGGGCCCCUGCCCCCGGGGUCACCCUCCCCAGCCCUGGCCCCUGCCCACUGGGCACUGCGGGCAGCCAGCCAGGGCAUCAAACCAUUGGUGUUUAUAGCUCGUUUAUAUUGGCAUUGCUGUGUUGGGUUUCAUUUCAGUCUUCCUGAUUCUGCCCUUCUGUAAAGUGUACAUUAUUACCAAGUUCCUUGUUUUUUUAUAUAUAUAUAUAAAUAUAUAUAUAUACAAACUGUACUCUUCUUGCCUUUGUACAUUUGGGCAAGGGGAGAGAAUAAAUCUUUUUAAGAGACAAUCACAAA